UUUCGGGAAUCACCAUAAGGAGGGAAAAUUGAAAAAUGUCAGAGUCAAAGGAUAAAAACUCAUUGCCUUUAUCUCGUGUGAGAACGAUAAUGAAGAGCUCCCCAGAUGUUGCAGCAAUCAGUCAGGAAGCCCUUUAUUUAACAGGCAAAGCAACUGAAUUAUUUAUACAGAACUUAGCUAUGAUCUCAUUAGAAACAAAUGAAAGUAAAAACAGUGUAGACUAUAAAGACCUGGCUGAAGUGGUCAAUUCAGAAGAUGUACUCCAGUUUUUACAAGAUAUUAUUCCAAGAAAGAUUAAAUAUUCUGAAUAUCUUGCCAUAAAACAGAAGGAAGAAGACGAAAGUUGACAGAGUUAUCUUUCUUGAACUUGAAAAAAAUAGACAAAAUAAUCUAGACUGACUUGAUAGUUAGUCAUUUCUGAAUAGAAAUUCCCAUGUACUUAAUGAAGUAUGAUAACACUUGACAAUACUUGUACAAUGUACAUGUAGUAGUAAAUCUGAUGUAAUUUCUAUCAGCAUCAUAAAAUUAACUCUUUUUAUAAAACUGAUACAAUCCAGCUUGUACGGUUUAAUUACUAUCUUCACAGAUUUAAAAUGUUAAGAGAGGAAUCUUAUAAUAAAAUAAUGAAUAAAAAGGUCAAAAUUGA